CGCGGCCUUUGGUGAGGCCGGCCCAACGCGUCCUGCUCCGGCAGCCCCGGUGCCCCCGACCAGUGCCUGCCAUGCCUGAGCAGCUCAGCGUCGCCGAGUUCCUGGCCGUCACCGCAGAGGACCUCAGCUCCCCGGCUGGGGCCGCCGCCAAGAUGCCCCGAUGCCGGGGGGCGGCGCUGGCGCGGGAGGAGGUCCUGGAAGGAGACCAAGCCAUCCUGCAGAAAAUAAAGAAGGCUGUGCGGGCCAUCCACAGCUCUGGCCUGGGCCACGUGGAGAACGAGGAGCAGUACCGAGAGGCCGUGGAGUCCCUGGGUAACAGUCACCUGUCUCAGAACAGCCACGAACUGUCCACGGGUUUUCUGAACUUGGCCGUGUUCACCCGUGAGGUGGCCGCACUCUUCAAGAACCUGGUUCAGAACCUGAACAACAUUGUCUCUUUCCCUCUAGACAGUUUGAUGAAGGGACCGCUGAGGGACGGGCGGCAGGAUUCCAAAAAGCAGCUGGAGAAGGCUUGGAAGGACUACGAAGCCCGGAUGGCCAGGCUGGAGAAGGAGCGAGAUCGGGCCAGGGUGACAGGAGGUAGCCCAGGGGAGGUGACCCAGGACACACAGCGGGAGCGAUGUGUCUUCCAGCUGCACAUGUGUGAGUACCUGCUCAGAGCUGGGGAGAGUCAGAUGAAACAAGGCCCCGACUUCCUCCAGAGCCUCAUCAAGUUCUUCCACGCCCAGCACAACUUUUUCCAAGAUGGCUGGAAGGCAGCUCAGAGCCUGUCCCCCUUCAUCGAGAAGCUGGCAGCCUCCGUACAUGCGCUGCGUCAAGCCCAGGAGGAGGAGCUACAGAAGUUGGCCCAGCUCAGGGACUCCCUCCGAGGGACCCUGCAGCUGGAGAACAGAGAGGAGCACCUGAGCCGGAAGAACUCGGGGGGCGGCUACAGCAUUCACCAGCACCAAGGCAACAAGCAGUUUGGGACCGAGAAAGUGGGCUUUCUGUAUAAGAAAAGCGAUGGGAUUCGAAGAGUCUGGCAGAAGGGGAAGUGUGGAGUCAAGUAUGGCUGCCUGACCAUCUCACACAGCACUAUAAACCGGCCCCCAGUGAAGCUGACCCUGCUGACGUGCCAAGUGAGGCCAGACCCUGAGGAGAAAAAGUGCUUCCAUCUGGUGACCCACAACCGGACAUACCACUUCCAGGCAGAGGACGAGCACGAGUGCGAGGCGUGGGUGUCGGUGCUGCAGAACAGCAAGGACGAAGCCUUGAGCAGCGCCUUCCUCGGGGAACCCAGCAGCGGCCCGGCGUCCUGGGUGGGCGCGAGGCUGGACGGGGAGUCCCAGGACCUCACCAAGCUGCUCAUCGCCGAGGUGAAGAGCCAGCCCUGGAACUGCCAGUGUUGCGACUGCGGGGCUGCAGACCCCACGUGGCUCAGCACCAACCUGGGCGUGCUCACCUGCAUCCAGUGCUCCCGCGUCCACCGCGAGCUGGGCGUGCGUUUCUCCCGCAUGCAGUCGCUCACCUUGGACCUGCUGGGCCCGUCAGAGUUGCUGCUGGCCUUGAACAUCGGAAACACGCGCUUCAAUGAGGUUAUGGAGGCCCAGCUGCCCUCACACGGUGGUCCUAAACCCUCAGCUGAGAGUGACAUGAAUGCCUGCAGGGACUACAUCGUGGCCAAGUAUGUGGAACAUAGAUUUGCGCCACGAUCCACACCUGAGCCCCAGAGACUCUGGACAGCCAUUUGCAACAGGGACCUCCUGGAGGUAUUGGAGGCCUUUGCCAACGGACAGGACUUUGGACAGCCUCUGCCAGGGCCUGACGGGCAGGUGCCCGGAGAGCUUGCCCUGCACUUGGCUAUCAAAGUAGCCAGCCAGGCCUCCCUGCCCCUGGUGGACUUCAUCAUCCAGAACGGUGGUCACCUGGAUGCCAAGGCUGCGGACGGCAACACUGCCCUGCACUUCCAGGCCGACUGCAUCAAGCUGCUGCUGAGAGGGAGAACAGCUGUGGGCACAGUGAACGAGGCUGGAGAGACAGCUCUGGAUGUGGCCAGGAAGAAGCAGCACAAGGAGUGUGAGGAGCUGCUGGAUCAGGCCCAGGCUGGGACCCUCAUCUUCCCUCUGCAUGUAGACUAUCCCUGGGGAAUGUCUAUGGAGCCUGGCUCUGACAGCGAGGAGGACGAGGAAGAGAAGCGCUGCCCUCUGAAGCCCCCAGCCCAAGCCCGCUGGGCCACUGGCAGGCUGGACAUCAGCAACAAGACCUAUGAGACCUUCACCAGCCUAGGACCAGCCGCCCAGCAGAGCCAGAGUGAAGACUGCCCCCCACCCUUGCCAGUCAAAAGCUCUUCUCGGACAACGGUUCAAGGACGUGCAGGACAUGCCAAUGGAGAUCCUGAAGUCCCCAACCUGAGUUCAGAGCCCCCCGAGGCCUCUGAGAGCCUGGGCAGUCUAGCCACCUCCUCCUCCAGCCUCACAAGCCCCAUGGAGCCUGGGGGUGCCAGUCAAGGCCUGCUCAGCUCAGAGGAGGGCCUCCAGGAGACCCCGGGCACCUCCCGACCCAGCCUGGCACCUGGAGCCACCCCUGCAGAGGUGUAUCUCCCCGUCCGAUUCAGCUCGGAGAGCACUCGCUCCUAUCGACGGGGAACCCGGAGCCUGGAAGAUGGUCCCUCAGCCCGGCAGCCUGUGCCCAGAAGGAGCACACAGGUUGGCUUCCCUGAAGGGGAUGGCAAAACUGGGGUUCUCCCGGCAAGUUCUGUGCGCCUUUUGCAAGACUAGGGCCUUGCUGACCCCUGCAUGGCCAUAUUGAACCCCAACGCUCAAGUGGAACUUGAGCACACAAAGUUGGAGAGUGAAGGCAUCCAUUCCCUUGGGUCCUGGCUCUCCAUCCCUCGUGUCUCUGUGGAUGGCCUUCCUCUUGCUGUGGACCAUGUCCCUGCCAAGGAAGCUGUGUCCUUUCAUGAUGGGGCUGAGAUGGUCCUUUUCCUGCUAUCUCAUUGCCCUCCAUGGCCAGGCACCCAGAGGUUAGGUCUGAGUGCUACUGAGCUCGGUUCAGAACCAGAACUUUCGGUUCCCCGUCAGACCAGAACGGUUUCUCCCAUCAGCCCGGGGCACCCUCGUUCACUUCCAGAUCACGCACGGACUCUGCCGGACCAGGGACUCUCUUCUCACCAUUCUUAGUCCAUUGUUCCUUUACUGAGUUCCAGCUCUGUGUCCAGGCCUGUGUGAGGCACUAUGGAUGCCACAUGGGAAAGGCCAGGGUCCUUCCUAUAGGUGUGGUCCCCAGCAGGGAAGCUGGUCUCAAGGACUGGCUUGGGAAUGGGCUGGGCCAGGUUCCAGAGGACGGUUCUGGAAUGAGAAGCAGGAUGGGCUGUCGUCUGGUUUCCCAUCUGACCAUGACAGUUGUCUGUAGCUCAUCUUUAUUCUAGUUGGCCAGGGCCUAUGCUGAACUGGCUGUUAAAUACACAUUCUGAGCGCCAGUCACGAGGGACAAUCCAGCCUUCCCAGGGAUCUCUAAUGUCUUUCCGAGCCACGAAGUAGAGCAUGGCUCACCUACUUUUGUUUAUCUCCAUGACUUAGCAAGAGGAAAGGAACUGGGGUGAUGGAUCCCCACUUAUCUCUUCUUUCUGUCAACUCAGGAGCCUGCCAGUCUUGGGUGAGAGGGGCUGAGAAAGGAGGCAGGAGAGGGAUAGAGCAAAGUCUUCAAGGUCCUUCCCAGUGCCAGAAGUCCACCACUGCUCAGCCCUAGUUAGAAGCCAAUUCUCUGAAGUCAUCACCAACCGCUAACACCUCAGUUUUACAGCCAUGGGUGCUGGGCCCUGGUGGGGAUGGGCCGGGCCAGGCCAAGCAGAGGAGACCAGAGGGCGUCAAGGCCAGCAGCACAGCAGUCUGCAGGGAGGCUGGGUCACUUACCCAGGGGGUCUGACUGCUGUGUGGGCCCACAGAAAUGGAUUGCCUUCUGAGCCCCCCGUGUAUGGCUCUGUUCAUCUCACAUGUGUUAUUUCAUUCAUCUCUAAUAAAGGAUUUGGAGGAAAAAAAAAAAAAAAAGAAAAAAAAAGACUGAGAAAGGCAGCAAGUUCAGGAAGACAGUGAAGAAAAAAAGAAGCAGAUGUACUCAGUGGAGAAAUAGAAAUUUAUGUCACAUAUGAGAAGAAAAAAAGAGCAGGGAUUUAAAACCAUGGGAAGAAUUUGUGGAUUUUCUUUCCCAAAGUUGAAUGAUUGGUAGAGGGAAAUUUUCCCAAUCUUCCUAACUUAGACUCAAUUGGAAAGGAAUUGAGGCUUGAAGAAGCAAUCAGAAAAUUUGACUGGUUUACCACAAAUGAUUAUGCACGAAUACAAUUGAAUGACAUGCAACACACUGCUACUACCUAGGAUUAAAAAAAUAUAUAGGGCAGAAACAGCAAAUGGGGAAGUCGAAAAUGUAAGAAUGGUUAUGGAUUGAUCCCUAUAUCCACAGAUUUUUAAAACUUACUUUGGAAAAUUAUGACUUCUUGUAAACUUUCAUUUAGGUGAAUAUUAUAAGGAGGAAUCCAGAGCUAGCUACAUUCAAGUUAAGAUAAAGGAAUUGGAAGCCUAUUAACUUCACACUGGAGCUCUCAAUUUAAUGUAUUGUCUGUUGGGGAUCAUGUUCAAAGUCUCAUUCUGACUCUGAAUGUCUUUGCUUCUACAUUUCUAUUACAUUCUAAGGUGAUUCCAUUAAUCCAUGUCUGAAGAAGACCUAGUUUUCAGUGAGGGAAAGGAUUUCCCUUAAGGAAAACUAAAUAAAAAGACAUUGGAUGACAUAUAUUAUUUAUUACAAAUCUGGAAAAAGUGCAACCAUGAAUCUUGCUUUCAUUUUGAGUAUGUCCCUUGGUAAGUGGGAAGGACUCAAGUCACAAAGACUUAGAAAUUAUAUUUCUAAGAGACAUUUGCUAUAUUGGUAGUCAAGAAAGUAUGGGAAUAAUCCACAAAGAAUGUAAAAUGAAAAUAAUUAUGACCAGAGCUCUAGAUGUUGCUUUUGAAAGGCAAAAGGCAGUGGAAAAUGAGGACAGAACCAAAUAAGGUAGCUAGGUAAUUUUGGAGGGAAUCAAAAGGACACUAAGACAAUGCAGUUCAGCUGCUUUCAUAGUAUCUUCAUCAAACCCAAAGUGAAACUAUUACUGAUGCAGAGAUUAUUGGAAGCAGUAGGAACAGAAAGAACUAUAGCAACCUGAAGAUAUAAAUUUCUUCCCUGCAAAGUUACCAAUCACUGAGAUGUCUGCAGCUUUCAUGUGAGUUAUUUGAAUAAGAAACAACAUUUCAGAUGCAGAUGCAGCUAGAUGUUUCUUUUUUUUUUUUUUUUUAAAUUCUUGAUUAGAAAAGAUACAUUGGCCCUAGGCAUUCCAGAAAUGCACUCUUAUUUCUGAGCUACAUA